CAAUGAUAGAAGGAGGUGGUGUGGGCACGGAAGGCUCCAGCGGAGGGGGAUCGGGGCGUGGUGUCGCAGUGGUACCUAUGAAAGGUACGCGAUACGUCUGUCCACACUUCGUUUUGAGAACGAGAGUACACUCUGUCGGGUCCUGCGAGACCUCAACUCCAGUAGAGAGAGGGGCAAACCGCGACGGGGAUGUCGGGAAGUCGACUACUGAGGAGGGCACAGGUGUACACUGCACCGUGGCUAGGAGGCGCCGCGGGGAUGCGAGGCAUCGGGGGGGGACUGAGUCGACGCUGGCAGGAAAGGUCAGCGUAGUGGCGGUCGAGGGCGGUAGUGUAAGGGCACCACGAGGAGGUAUGACCGUCCUGGCAGCAUCGCAAACACCCACGCCGGCCCAAAAUGGCCGCGCGCUCCUCAACGGAAAGGACACCGCGAUGAGGGACAAAGCCCUAAGGGAGGUCCUGCUGAGGGACCUCGGGAGGCGACGCGCCAGCGUGACUGAGGCGGCUGCGUGCCCGGGAGAGGGCGGAGAGGAUGAGCUGGAGGCGCUCGGCCAUAGGGAGGGUAGUGUCCUCCAGGUGGUAGUGGACGGCCUCGCCGAGGUGGAGGUCGUCGCUAUGGUCACCCUCUGGCGACAACGGGGCAACAACGUCCUGCUCACCAUACUCGAGCGCGUUGAAGCGGCGCGAGAAGUGGUGGCCCUGUGGCGCGGAACGACGGGGGCGACCGUGAAAAGGGGAACGGCGCUGGGAAGUGCCGUGAGAGGCGGAGGAGGCAUAGGCAGUGCGCUGAGGCUGGGAAGAGGAGGCGGGGUGAAGACGGGUCUGCAUCCGCUGAUGGUCCCUGGCGGCCUCGUAAGCCUGCGGGGCCGAUGUGAAGUCGUACAUCCAUAGCUCGGAGCGGUACUCAAGAGGAAGGCUGGCCAAGGAACGAUCGAUAAGGGCAGCCUCGGAAAGGAACGCCACAUCACAAAUGAGGCGGGCGUCCUGAAAGGAGAGAAGGUUAACGGAGAUCCUAAUUUUCAGACCACUUGCCAUGCCAUUUGUAUGAAAACCAAAGGGUAAUUUUAAUCAAACUUGCCAUUAAUU